AUGAUUUUUUUAAAGGAUAUCUUCGAAUGCCGGACAUGCGGGCUUGUUGGUACUCUUUGUUGUUGCACAGAAUGCGCCUACACAUGUCAUCGAAACCAUGAGUGCAGAUUGAAGCGAACUUCGCCAACAGCCUAUUGUGAUUGUUGGGAGAAAUGUUCCUGCCAGGCGCUUAUUGUUGGCAAUACGCUACGUCGUGACAAUUUAGUUUCGGUAUUGCUCAAUGAUACUGAUCUCAUAAAUCGCACAAAUUCUAGGCAACAUCUGUUGCUUUUCCUCGCUCGAACGGUUGGCCGGCAGAUGACCGAACAAGAUAAUUUCCAGCGAAGAAAUCCCAAGAAAACUUCGGGGACAGACGCCGCUCCGGAACAUGAUCUUGAUCCACCGCGAUUUGCUCGUAGUGCAUUCGCCAGACUUCUUUCGGAUUGGCGUGCCGUUAAGAGCUUGGUAAUGCUGGGUGUGAAAGGAUUACAAAAUGAUGCGCUUAUUAUUGAGGAGGUGUUCCAUUUCAAUCAGCAGCAUGGUUGCUCACAUCUCGAUAAAUUUGUCUUCGUAUUACUCGCCAAAUGCUCGGAGACUGAUGUUUGUACUUUUGAUUUUGUUAUCGCCGACAGCGAUCACCGUCGCAACAGCUACGGCUGGUGGCAUUGGACAAGUUAUGGCUACAUCCGGUACGACGCCAAGGUUGAGGUUUUUUUUUUUCCUUUUUGGCCGAACUUUGCUUGA